AUGGUAACGCAGUAAAAGUCGACCACAGUUGUCAUGACCGCAAGUAGACUGAAAUGAUGGAGUUAUGCUGAGAAGUUGAGUUCGAGUUCGAGGCGUAACGUCUGCCCACUCUCGGCCCACCCACUUGCUCAGGUGACCCGCUUUACUCACCGCCCCCUCCGCGCUGAGAUGCUGCUGCUGCUGCCUGUGGAUGACAGCAAGAACAAGUGUGAGAGGGCUCUCCUCCGGAUAAAUGACCUUUAAAUAUCUAAAAGCCUAAACAUAUCGUGCUGCCGCGAGGUGCAGAGAUUAAGCCCAGGCGCUUUUAAAUCUAAACAGGUUUAACAGCAAGCUAGUUCCGCCGUCGCCGGACCCUGGAUGCGAUGACGGACCCGGUCGCGGACACCAAGACGGAGGUGAAACAAGCCACCAAAUAUGUCAAAGAAACGGAAAACGUGGCGGAGAAGUACUCGGCGCUGACGGUCAGCAAGAACAGCAGCGAUGUGAACAUGAAUGUCGGGGAGAUGACCUCUGCGGCGUUCACCGCAGUCCCCACGCUCAAGUCCGUCAAGAAGAUUCAGUUUGCCAACACGGAGGAUAAGCAGGAAUUCAGCAAAUACCCGACGAAGGCAGGCCGACGCUCCCUGUCCCGCUCCAUCUCUCAGUCGUCCACAGACAGCUACAGCUCAGCGGCGUCUUACACCGACAGCUCUGACGAUGAAACUUCCCCUCGAGACAAAGCUCAGGUCAACAGCCAAGGCAGCACCGACUUCUGCGUCAAAAACAUCAAGCAGGCAGAAUUUGGCCGCCGUGAAAUUGAAAUCGCAGAGCAAGACAUGUCGGCUCUGAUCUCACUGAGGAAAAGAGCUCAGGGAGAGAAACCUCUGGCCGGAGCGAAGAUUGUCGGCUGCACUCACAUCACCGCUCAGACUGCAGUUCUGAUCGAGACCCUGGUGGCUCUGGGAGCUCAGUGCCGCUGGACCGCGUGCAACAUCUACUCCACGCAGAAUGAAGUGGCUGCUGCUCUGGCGGAGACGGGAGUGCCUGUGUUUGCGUGGAAACGCGAGUCGGAGGAUGACUUCUGGUGGUGUAUUGAUCGCUGUGUCAGCACUGAGAGUUGGCAGGCAAACAUGAUCUUGGACGAUGGUGGAGAUUUGACCCACUGGGUCUACAAGAAGUACCCCAGCGUGUUCAAGAAGGUCCGGGGUAUUGUGGAGGAGAGCGUCACCGGAGUUCACCGGUUGUACCAGCUGUCUAAAGCUGGGAAGCUCUGCGUGCCCGCCAUGAACGUCAACGACUCCGUCACCAAGCAGAAGUUUGACAACCUCUACUGCUGCAGGGAAUCCAUCCUGGAUGGCCUGAAGAGAACGACGGAUCUGAUGUUUGGAGGGAAACAAGUAGUCGUAUGCGGCUAUGGCGAGGUGGGCAAAGGCUGCUGCACGGCUCUGAAGGCUCUGGGUGCGAUCGUGUGCAUCACUGAAAUUGACCCCAUAUGUGCCCUGCAGGCCUGCAUGGAUGGAUUCCGAGUGGUCAAGCUGAGCGAGGUCAUCCGGCAGAUGGACGUGGUCAUAACCUGCACCGGCAACAAGAACGUUGUGACCCGAGAGCAGCUGGACCGGAUGAAGAACGGCUGUGUGGUCUGCAACAUGGGACACUCCAACACCGAGAUCGACGUGGCCAGUCUCCGCAGCCCUGAACUUACCUGGGAGAGGGUGCGCUCUCAAGUGGACCACAUCAUCUGGCCCGAUGGGAAGAGAGUCGUCCUUCUGGCUGAGGGGCGUCUGCUGAACCUGAGCUGCUCCACGGUCCCCACAUUUGUGUUGUCCAUCACUGCGACCACUCAGGCGCUCGCCCUCAUCGAGCUCUUCAACGCUCCGGAGGGAAGAUACAAGCAGGACGUGUACCUCCUGCCCAAAAAGAUGGACGAGUACGUGGCCAGCUUGCAUCUCCCCAACUUUGACGCUCAUCUGACGGAGCUGACGGAGGAGCAGGCCAAGUACAUGGGCCUCAACAAGAACGGCCCCUUCAAGCCCAACUACUACAGGUAUUAAUGAGUGAGCCUCCGAGCGUGGCCCUGGACUCGCCGCCGCCGGGACUCACAGAGAUUUUAUUUUGGGAUUCAAACGGAAUAAUUAUUUUAGCUAGUAACUUAUUAACCGCACUUCAGCCAUAGUAUUGAAUAUGAAUAACCGGAUCAUCCUGGGUGAAGGCGCAGGCUUGCAUGCUUACCUGUAUAUUUUAGUUGCAUGAGUCGCUGAGUCAGUCUAGUUCACUUUUGUUUACGCAUGGUGCCAAACUACCGCUGUACGAGUGGAACACCAGGUGAAGGUGUUUUGACAGCUGAAGUCACCAGGUUUAACAUGAACCUGACAGUUCAUAUUCACUCAAUAUUAAAAGCUGCUAGAUGUGCUAGCUACUUAAUUUACAAUGAAGAGUUUUAUUUAAAACUUGACUGUUGAGGGUCCCUCUGGCCAAGCCUGUACAUGUAUGAUGCAACCCUGUGAAGGAAGUGUAGUCCGACCAGUUUGUGCCGACUGUCUGAAUACUGGAAUAAUUCACUCCACUGAUGGUUUUAGUCUUUCAGCUUGACACGGUUGUUUCACACAGAGGGUAACUUCUGCUGCUGAUCUACUGUGGGUGAACAACAGUUUUUUUUUAUCUUUGUUGAGUGUGAAAUUCACUUCUUAGCCCUCAUUUUAGGUUGCAGCUGACUCACAGAAUUUACCGCCUGGAACACUUUUUUCAAAUCUCAAUGCGACAAUAACAGCAGCUUUAGCAUUGAGGAGAAUUGUUACAGGACUGGCAUCCAUGUCUGAACAUCUUUUGACAGUUAAAUGUUUAUUUCUCCCAGUUGUCUACCCCAGAAAACUGUAUAGUAGAGAGGCUGCCUGUGAAAGUUAAUAUACACAUCUGUUCAGCAGCAGAAAAGAACAACGGCGUCAAAUUGUGAACUUGUUGAUGGACGGAACGAGCGUUUGACAGCAGGUGCUGAUCUCAGUUGACUUUUAGAACCUUUCUGCCAUGCUGUUAAUGUGCCUUUAUUAUUUCUAUUCAUCCAUUCAUGCACUGAUUCUGUUGAAAUCAACAUUCCUACCUGUUAAUUUAUGCUCUUUAUGUGCUUCUUCAGUGUGUUUCUAGAAGACACGAGACUUGUUUGCCAUCUGAUCUGUCUUAAUGGAUCACCAAGGUCACACGACUCGAGUGUACGCUAUGUAUAAGAAGACAGUAACUCAGCAAUAAACAAUAAAGUUGUUUUAACCGGACUCAAUGGGAAAUGAUGAAAAGAAAGUUUGUUUUUGCUUAAGAGAGAGUGAAUGUCCAUCAGUCAAUGGAACAUUAACGGUGGUCAAAGCGGGUAGAACUGUCCGGAACCAUGGCUACCUUCCAGCCCGAUCCAGAUCAGUC